CUGGAGCCUUGAAGAGCAGCCCCCACACACUCCAUCCCUACCCUGCUCCCAACCUCUAAGGACCUCUCCUUAGGCUGAGAGAGAAGGUGCCAGCCGCCACCUGCCACCCAGGCUGGAUCUGACUGGUGUCUGUCCAUGGCAGAUGAAAGUCCGUUUGUAGGUGGCAUAGCUGUGAUUUCAUGGGCGCCUGCCAGGCAGUGGUGGCUGUGAUUUGAGAAGCUUGGCUUUCUUGGGUGUGUGACCAAUUCUGGUAGCUGCAGAUGAAUCAUGCCAGGGAGCAGCCCUACCUGGAGACUUCGAACUCCAGGGGUGCUGGCUGUGGCAGCCCUGCUGGUGGCCCUCUGGCUCCUACGACUGCUGGGGGCAGACCCUAGCAAGUCCCUGACACCCCGACCCCCACUCACCAUCCUGAUCUGGCACUGGCCCUUCUCUGACCGGCCUCCCGAGCUGCCCCGCAACACGUGUGCCAGUUUUGGUGUGGACGGCUGCCUCCUGAGCACUGACCGGGAGCUGCUGGGCCAUGCUGAUGUCGUGGUCUUCCACCACCGGGAGCUGCAGAGUCGGCGCGCCCACCUGCCCCUGGAUUUGCGGCCACAGGGCCAGCCCUGGGUGUGGGCAUCCAUGGAGUCACCCAGCCACACACAUGGCCUAGGCCGCCUGCAUGGCAUCUUUAACUGGGUGCUGAGCUACCAGAGGAAUGCAGAUAUCUUUGUGCCCUACGGCCGCCUGGAGCCCCACACUGGGCCUGCACCGCCGCUGCCCCCCAAGAGUGGACUGGCUGCCUGGGUGAUCAGCAACUUCCAGGAGCAGCAGCGGCGAGCACAGCUGUUCCGGCAGCUGAAGAAGCACCUGCGGGUGGACGUGUUUGGCCGAGCUGUCCGGCGGCCACUGUGCUCAGACUGCCUGCUGCCCACGGUGGCCCGGUACCUCUUCUACUUGGCCUUCGAGAACUCGCAGCACCGGGACUACAUCACUGAGAAGUUCUGGCGCAACUCGCUGGCUGCAGGGGUCGUGCCUGUGGUGCUGGGUCCACCUAGGGCCACCUAUGAAGCUUUUGUUCCCCCAGACGCCUUCGUGCAUGUGGAUGACUUCAGCUCUGCCUCUGAGCUGGCUGCCUUCCUCUCCAGUAUGAACCAGAGCUGCUACCGCCGCUACUUUGCCUGGCGAGAACGGCUCCGGGUGCGACUGGUGGGUGACUGGCGGGAGCGCUUCUGUGCCAUCUGCACCCGAUACCCCCACCUGCCCCGUGGCCAGGUCUACCAUGAUUUGGAGGGCUGGUUCCAGGCCUGAGCCCUGGCUUGCUGUGUGUGUGUGUGUGUGUGUGUGUGUGUGUGUGUGUGUGUAGGUGGGGGCAAUGGGGUUCUGUGAGCAGAUUAUAUCAUGUGAAUAGAAACGGUGUUGAAAUCAAACCACGGAGCAUCCGGCCUUCAUGGGCAACUAUCGGUUAAUGCUGAGUCGGAGGCCAGGAAGCCAGGGUAAGGGAGGAGCAGCUGGCCAGGCUUCCUGGAGGAGGAGGCACUGAAGCAGACAACGGGACAGAGAGACCAGGGAGGGGUGGAUGGGGUGUAGCUACUGAGACUAACAAAAGGUGAGGGAGCUGAGCUCUCUCACCCACCACCUUAAAUCAAAUCUCUAGUGUCUCUGAGCUGUCCCUGGAUGUGGGGCUGCCUCUGGAUACUGGAGACAUAUCACCCUUCAGUUUGUGGGUACCCCUGUACCACUUCUGGUUUAGGUUUUCAGACUCACUGCUUUGUUCCUUCCAGAGCCCACACCCCCGGGUAUCCUGCACUCCACAGGGAGAAUUGAUUACAGACCAUCUGCUCUAGCAACCUUACCACUCCUUCAGCUUCCCCUGAAAAAGUAUCCAUUAAUAAAGAAAUGGUGAUCCAGAAGGUGGUGCAAUUGAUAAAACACUGGACUCUCCUAAGGUCCCAAGUUCAAUCCUUGGUAUCACAUGUACCAGAUUAAUUCUGGGAUUCUUUCUUUCUUUCUUUCUUUCUUUUUAAUGUUUAUUUAUUCCCUUUUGUUGCCCUUGUUGUUUUAUUGUAGUUGUUAUUAAUGUUGUCAUUGUUGGAUAGGACAGAGAGAAAUGGAGAGAGGAGGGGAAGACAGAGAGGGGGAGAGAAAGAGAGACACCUGCAGACUUACUUCACCGCUUGUGAAGCAACUCUCCUGCCGGUGGGGAGCUGGGGGCUUGAACCGAGAUCCUUACGCUGGCCUUUGUGCUUUGCACCACAUGCGCUUACCCCGCUACACUGCCGUCAACUCCCUGAUUCUCUAUUUUCUCUCAUAAAUAGAUAAAAUAAAAGGAAGAAAUGAAAGCUUGUAAUGGAGGUGUCAAGUGACAGCAAGACUCAGGGCCCCACACAGUGUACCUCCUUUCUAUGCCUUGCCAUCUGUCCUGCCUCAUGCAUGUCACACCCUGCCUGCCCCAUGUGCUCUCUCUCCUUGGAUAAGUGGCUGUCUACCCUGAUCUGAAAGGCUGAGGAGGGGAGAGAG